GAGUGUUUGUACACUUGUGUGUAGUGUAACAGGGUGGUCUUCAGGACUGACAUGGGGGUUCAGUGUGUGUUGAUCUGAAGCCAUGGUUCUGCUGUAGCUCUCUAAGCCUAGCCUGUUUGAUCAUCCUAAGGAAGAUGGACUUGGACCUUCUCAUUGAAGACUGAGAAGCAAACCUCAGAAAAGGUAACUGUGGUCUCAGUUUUUGUCAGAUUUCACUGUAGUGUCAUAUUUUCUGUUCUGUGUUAGUAAUUAUGACCUUCAGUAUCAAGCAGGUGUUUUAAACUGAAAGUGAGCAGGUCAUGUGAUUAUUUCCUGUAAAGUCUGUAUUGUUCUUUGAAAGUGGUUCACAUUUGAAUGAAACCUGUGUGUUUAUAUUUGAUGUUUGUGUUUCUAAAAAGGCUGAUGUUUAGUCUGAACACUACUUCUUCUGGGUCAAAUGUGGCUGAGAUUUGUUCUGUCAAAGUCAAUCAUUUUAAGGUUGUGUUUGUUUUGUGUGCUCAGAAAAAUCAAGUUGUGAGGAGAUAAAGAUGAAAAAAUGCACCUUCAUAAGUAGUCAGUCAGUACACGGAUCAUUAAUGCAGAUCAUUAAUGCCCAGUAAGAAUGAAAAUCAAAGGUCAUCUAUGUUGGUAAAAAUGAUUGACAUUGUUUUGUCUUUUAUCUUUUCUUUUCAUCUCUUCCUUGUGGAGUCAGAGGGAGGAGCUAAGAUGCACAGAACAGAUGCAAGAAAAAAAUAAGGGCACAAAAUAUUUAACUCUAUAAACACACUAAUAAUUUUCAAUCAGCAAUGUCACCUCAACAAAUCAACUUACACAGUUCAUGUUUUUUAUUUGUAUUUUCUUACUACUGUUCAUUGAUUAAAGUGAUUACAUUUGGUGUCAGAUACUAGAAAGGUGCCCAGCACAUUAAUGUUGUCUGAUUUAUGAAAAACAAUUGCAGAUGUCAUGGUAAUACAGUGAACAAUGGCAGAGAGAUCCUCCACCCUGGGUGUCUCCCUAAAUUUUUUUGUGAACACUUGAAUAGAAUAAAGAAUCAGGGAGUUUGUGGUAAGCUCAGUACACUUUUCAUUUUAUGGCAUUCAACCAUCAGCUCGCUCAUUCUGUUAUGAAAGAAAAAUAGCACCACCAAUUGAUGUAAAGUAAAUUACCAAUAUAAUAAAUAAAAAAUACAAAUUUAUUUCUGCUUGUGAGGUUUUAUCAAUGAUGUCUAUAAACACUUGUUUAAACAACUUGGUGUUGUGGUUGUGCAACAUUCUGUGACACAUUCGUGCUACUGUGCUCCAGUUGUUGAAGUGUUGAAACCUGAGAGUCAGAGAGUGGGAAGCGACUGGGAUACAGCAUUGGGAUACUGGAGCUGGUUUUGGCUGAAUUGUUCACAGGGAGCACUUCUGAGCUGUGGAAGAAGAGUAAUAACUCUAUGAUGGAGUUUCAUAAUUCCAGCAGUGAAGGAGGAACUUUGGGACAAAACAGCAGACGAGGAGAGCCCAGCUGUGCGUCCAUAAAGAGUGACCGGUCCAUGGAGAAUUGUCCCGAAUUCAGCAGUGGACCUGUGCCUUCUGACUUAGACAGUAAAGGAGAAGAGCCCAGCUGUGCGUCCAUAAAGAGUGACCGGUCCAUGGAGAAUUGUCCCGAAUUCAGCAGUGGACCUGUGACUUCUAAUCCAGACAGUGGGGCAGAAGAGCCCAGCUGUGCGUCCAUAGAGAGUGACCGGUCCAUGGAGAAUUGUCCUGAAUUCAGCCAUGGGCCUGUGCCUUCUGACUUCGAGCAGCCCUGCACAGAAACAGCACUGCAGACACACAAAGAAGCACAAGUAACUGGGAAUCUGCAGCAAGAUGUUUACCAACCAGUAGAUGAUGUCCUGCAGAGAGUCUUAGAGAGACACAAAACCUGCAUGAAGACCAAAUAUGAGAGCUUAUUUGAGGGAAUCAAAACAAAAGAAAAUAAAGUUUUCCUCAACAGGAUUUACACACAGCUCUACAUUGUAGAAGGAGAAAGUGAAGGAGUGAAUGAAGAACAUGAGGUUUCACUGAUACAUCCUUACAAAACUUCCAGGAAACACUUAAAAGAUGCUCCAAUUGAUUGCUCAGAUAUAUUUAAACCUCUACAAGAUCCCAAAAGAGAAAUGCAAGAAAAGAACAUUAGAACUGCAGUGUUAAAUUCAAAACCAGAAAUCCAACACAAAGAAAGUACAAAAGAAAUAAAAGAUGACAGCAGACCAAAAAUUCAGGAAUUUAGAGCUGUGCUGACUAAAGGAAUUGCUGGCAUUGGAAAAACUGUCUCUGUGCAGAAGUUCAUUCUGGACUGGGCUCAAGGAAAAGCCAAUCAGGAUGUAGAUUUCAUGUUUGUGCUUCCGUUCCGGGAGCUAAACUUGAUUAAAGAUGAUCAAUACAGUCUUCAUGGACUUCUGUGUGACUUCCAUCCUGAGCUCAAAGAUUUGGUCCCAAAGAUUUUUGAUCAGCUCAAAGCUGUGUUUAUAUUUGAUGGUCUGGAUGAAAGCAGAAUUCCACUGAACUUUGAACAGUGUGAGAAAGUAUAUGACAUCACCAUGACAUCAUCAGUGGGUGUGUUGAUGACAAACCUCAUCAAAGGAGAGCUGCUUCCCUCUGCUCUGAUCUGGAUAACCUCCAGACCAGCAGCAGCCGAUCAGAUCCCUCCUAAAUACAUCAACCGUGUGACAGAAAUUCAGGGAUUCAGUGACCCACAGAAGGAGGAGUACUUCAGGAAGAGGAUCAGUGAUGAAGACCAAGCCAAGAGAAUCAUCUCACACAUUAAAAAAGUGAGGAGCCUCCACAUCAUGUGCCACAUUCCAGUCUUCUGCUGGAUCUCAGCCACUGUUCUUCAGAGAAUCAUGAAACAGCGUCAUACAGAAAUCCCUAAAACUCUGACUGAAAUGUACUCACACUUCAUGCUCACUCAGACAACCAUGAAGAAUCAGAAGUUUGAGGAGAACGAUGAGAAAGACCCAAAGAAACUGCUGGAAUUAAACAGAACCAUUCUUCUGAAACUGGCUGAACUGGCUUUCAAACAGCUGAUGAAGGGCAAUGUGAUGUUCUAUGAAGAGGACCUGAGAGAGAGCAGCAUUGAUGUCACUGAGGCCUCAGUGUAUUCUGGGAUUUUCACUGAGAUCUUUAGAGAGGAAUGUGUGCUUCACCAGAGGAAGGUCUACUGCUUUGUUCACUUGAGCUUUCAGGAGUUCCUGGCUGCUGUUUAUGUGUUUCAUUGCUUCUUAAACAAGAAUAUGGAGCCACUGCAGAUAUUUAAACCACAAUACAGUGAGUGGGACAAGAAUAUUCAAUUGAAAGAGCUUCUAAAGGGAGCAGUGGAUAAAGCAUUACAGAGUGAAAAUGGACACCUGGAUCUUUUCCUUCGUUUCCUGCUAGGCAUCUCACUGGAGCCCAAUCAGAGACUCCUGCAAGGUCUACUGACACACAUACAGGGCAGCUCAAACAGAAUCACAGAGUACAUAAAGAGAUUCAUCAAUAGAGAUGAUAAACAAUAUUAUAUCUCAACUGAGAGAUCCAUCAAUCUUUUCUUCUGUCUGUCUGAAAUGAAUGACCAGUCUCUCUCCAGAGAUCUUCAGCGGUAUCUAAGAUCAGAUAAACAUUCAGAAGAGAAGCUUUCUCCUGAACAGUGUUCAGCACUAGUCUGCAUGCUUCUGAUCUCAGAGGAGGAGCUGGAUAAGCUGGACCUGAAGAAAUACAACACAUCAGAGGAGGGUUAUAUGAGACUGAUCCCAGCUGUGACUGUCACCAGAAAGGCUUUACUAGAUGGUUGUAAUCUCACCACAAAUUCCUGUAAAACUCUUUGCUCAGUUCUACAAUCAGCAAACUCCCUCCUAAUUGAAUUGGACCUCAGUAAUAAUGACCUGCAUGAUUCAGGAGUGGGGCUGCUCUCUGUUGGACUGAAGGAUUCAUACUGUCGACUGGAGAUGCUCAGACUAGCUGGCUGUAAUCUCACCUCAAAUUCCUGUGAAAAACUAGCAUCAGCUCUACAAUCAGCAGACUCCUCACUGAAAGAGCUGGACCUCAGUAACAACAACCUGCAUGAUUCAGGAGUGGAGCUGCUCUCUGCUGGACUGAAGAGUUCACACUGUAAACUGGAGACACUCAUACUAGCUUUCUGUAAUCUUGGGGGGAAUGCUUGUGAAAGUCUCUGCUCUGCUCUACAAUCAGUAAAGUCCUCCCUGAAAGAGCUGGACCUCAGUAACAAUGACCUGCAUGAUUCAGGAGUGGGGCUGCUCUCUACUGGACUGAAGAGUUCAUACUGUAAACUGGAGAUACUUAGAUUGUCUGGUUGUAUGGUCAAAGUUAAAGGCUGUUCUUCUCUGGCAUCAGCUCUGAAACUAGACCCAUCCCACGUAAGAGAACUAGAUCUGACCUAUAAUUACCCAGGAGAGUCUGGAGAAAAGCUGCUGUCUGAUCUACUGGAGAAUCCACACUGCACACUGGACACACUUGGGGUGGAACAUGGAGGGAUGAUCAGGAUGAAACCAGGACUAAAGAAAUAUUCCUGUGAGAUCACGCUGGACCCAAACACAGCAAAUAGUGAACUCUUUCUGUCUGAGGAGAACAGAAAGGCAAACUGUGUGAAAGAAGAACAGCCGUAUCCAGAUCAUCCGGACAGAUUUGAUUUCUGUAGGCAGGUUAUGUCUAAAGAGAGUCUGACUGGACGCUGUUACUGGGAGGCUGAGUACAGUGGGGUUGGGGUUGCUUUUUCAGUGUCAUAUAAAGGAAUCAGCAGGAAAGGACGCAGCAACGACUGUUGGUUUGGAUACAAUGAUCAGUCCUGGAGUCUGUUCUGCUCUGGUACUAGUUACUCUGCCUGGCACAAUGAAAAGGAAUCUACCAUACCUGACCCUCCUUCACCCUCCUGCAGAGUGGGAGUGUAUCUGGACUGGGGGUCCGGCACUCUGUCCUUCUACAGCAUUUUACCUGACACAAUGACCCACUUACAUACAUUCCACACCAGAUUUACUGAGCCACUCUACGCUGGGUUUUGGGUUGCUGAUGGGUCCUCGGGUGUAUAUGUGAGAAAAGCCGACUGAGUACUGGAGGACCAGAUGCAUCAAGACGAAACAACACGUGGUAACAACACGUCAUAAAAAUAUAUAUUAAGGAUUCAUUAGUCCAUGACUACACAUUGGAAGUAAAUGUGUUCAGGAGUUCUGGUGAAGUGGUAAAACCUAGAAUGUAGAUAUCAGAUUUAAUUAAAUCAAAUGGAAUGUAGUUGGAGCACAUUACACCAGUAUAAAGAUCUGUAUGCUGACUGCAGUUAGUUAACUACUUGUAUGUAAGUCACUCUAUCUAUUAAAAGAAUAUAAACACGCCUCUCAUAUUACUC